UGUUCGCUCUGUUGGAGGCAGCUGGUGCGGGCGCUUACGCAGAUGAUAUUCAACAGCAACAGCGAGAGACGGUGUCAGCGCAUUUAGCAGCAAAAAGGUUCGAACGAAAUUAUCACAGUGAUACAGAACCACUGAAGACGGCACAUUCACCAAGCACAGGCACGAGUGGCGUUGCGAUGGUGAGCGGUGACGAACGAGGCUAUACCACCGAUGAUCCGCAGAUACAUCACGGAUCGAUCUCAUCAAUCUCAACAAUUUCCGAAGGUGCCGAUAGUGCGAUAUCGUUAGCAAAAGAUAGUACUGAGUGGAUUCAUUUGGAUCAUAGAGAUGGUUUGUUGUUAUGUGUUCGUUGA